AUGCGUAAAUUUAACUUUCAUGCUUCAGGGCAGGCCACAGCAGGCCCUACGAUCCACAGAGACAUGGAGAAGGAGAGUUCAGGGUACAGUGAGGCCCCAGAGAAGCUGGGCCUGUCCUUCUCCAUUGACGCUAUCCUGAAGAGGCCCACAGAGAGAAGAAAUAUGCCAAGACCACAAAGCAUAGGUGGAGAGGACGCUAGGCAGACAGCAAUCCCAGGUUCCAAGCUAGAGAGGCUCCCACAGGAUCAGCCCCAAGAAGAAAAAAAGAACAAGCGGAGAGUUCGCACUACCUUCACCACGGAGCAGCUACAGGAACUGGAGAAACUCUUCCACUUCACCCACUACCCCGACAUCCAUGUCCGGACCCAGCUGGCUUCCAGGAUCAACCUGCCCGAAGCUCGAGUACAGAUCUGGUUCCAGAAUCAGAGAGCCAAGUGGAGGAAGCAGGAAAAGACUGGCAUCCUCAGUGCAUCGCAGCAGCCUGGUGACGCCAGCUUGACCCCGUCCUCAAACAUGGACAUGGCUGGUCCUGUGCUGACACCCAAUGCUCUGCCCAUGUUGGUGCCUCCCACAGGGUGCUACCCACUCUCUCAGACUCAGCUCACUUCAGGCUGGUUCCCGGCCCAGAUCACCCUUGUCCCAUGGCACCCAUGGGAUCCGCAGCCCUUGCCUGGCUCUCUCACCCAGCAGCCUUGUGUCCCUUCCCUUGCCCUGCCACCUCCACACCCCAAGUGGGGCAGCAUCUGUGCCACUUCAACAUAG